AACAAGGCACAGGCUCAGGGUUGAUGGUGCCGGUCUUCUGCGUGGUGGAGCAGCUGGAUGGCUCUCUGGAGUAUGACAGCAGGGAGGAGCACGCCGAGUUCGUCCUGGUGCGCAAAGACGUGCUCUUCAGCCAGCUGGUGGAGACGGCCCUGCUGGCCCUGGGCUACUCACACAGCUCCGCGGCCCAGGCCCAAGGAAUAAUCAAGCUGGGGAGGUGGAACCCUCUCCCGCUCAGUUAUGUGACAGACGCGCCCGACGCCACCGUGGCCGACAUGCUGCAAGAUGUCUAUCAUGUCGUGACGUUGAAAAUCCAAUUACAAAGCUGUUCAAAGUUGGAAGACUUGCCAGCGGAGCAGUGGAACCAUGCCACCGUCCGCAAUGCCUUAAAGGAGCUGCUCAAAGAGAUGAACCAGAGCACACUAGCCAAAGAAUGCCCUCUCUCCCAGAGUAUGAUUUCAUCCAUUGUAAAUAGCACAUAUUAUGCCAAUGUGUCAGCAACCAAGUGCCAGGAGUUUGGGAGAUGGUAUAAAAAAUAUAAGAAGAUUAAAGUGGAAAGAGUAGAACGAGAAAACCUUUCAGACUAUUGUGUUCUGGGCCAGCGUCCCCUGCACUUACCAAACAUGAACCAGCUGGCGUCCCUGGGGAAGUCCGGCGAGCAGUCCCCACACAGCCAGCUGCACCACAGCGCGCCCAUCCGCAGCCAGGUGCCUGCGCUGCAGCCCAUCAUGAGCCCGGGGCUGCUGUCACCCCAGCUCAGCCCACAGCUCGUGCGGCAGCAGAUUGCCAUGGCCCAUCUGAUCAACCAGCAGAUUGCCGUCAGCCGCCUGCUGGCCCACCAGCACCCCCAGGCCAUCAACCAGCAGUUCCUGAACCACCCGCCCAUCCCCAGGGCCGUGAAGCCGGAACCCAGCAACUCCUCUGUGGAAGUCUCGCCCGACAUCUACCAGCAGGUCCGGGACGAGCUCAAGCGGGCCAGCGUGUCCCAGGCCGUGUUUGCCCGCGUGGCCUUCAACCGCACACAGGGGCUGCUGUCCGAGAUCCUGCGCAAGGAGGAGGACCCCAGGACGGCCUCGCAGUCCCUGCUCGUGAACCUGCGGGCCAUGCAGAACUUCCUCAACCUGCCGGAGGUGGAGCGGGACCGCAUCUACCAGGACGAGCGCGAGCGCAGUAUGAACCCCAACGUGAGCAUGGUGUCCUCAGCCUCCAGCAGCCCCAGCUCCUCUCGAACCCCACAGGCCAAAACCUCGACGCCGACAGCAGACCUCCCUAUUAAGGUGGACGGCGCCAACGUCAACAUCACAGCUGCCAUUUAUGAUGAGAUCCAACAGGAGAUGAAAAGGGCCAAGGUGUCCCAAGCCCUGUUUGCCAAAGUGGCUGCAAAUAAAAGUCAGGGCUGGCUCUGCGAGCUGCUCCGCUGGAAGGAGAACCCGAGCCCGGAGAACCGCACGCUGUGGGAGAACCUCUGCACCAUCCGCCGCUUCCUGAACCUCCCGCAGCACGAGAGGGAUGUGAUCUACGAGGAGGAGUCGCGACACCACCACAGCGAGCGCAUGCAGCACGUGGUCCAGCUCCCGCCGGAGCCCGUGCAGGUCCUCCACCGACAGCAGUCCCAGCCCACCAAGGAGAGCUCCCCGCCCCGGGAAGAAGCACCCCCCGCACCCCCUCCGGCCGACGACAGCUGUGCCAAAAAGCCUCGCUCACGCACCAAGAUCUCCCUGGAGGCGCUGGGCAUCCUGCAGAGCUUCAUCCAUGACGUGGGGCUGUACCCUGACCAGGAGGCCAUCCACACGCUGUCGGCGCAGCUGGACCUGCCCAAGCACACCAUCAUCAAGUUCUUCCAGAACCAGCGCUACCACGUCAAGCACCACGGCAAGCUCAAGGAGCACCCAGGCUCCGCCGUGGACGUGGCUGAGUACAGGGACGAGGAGCUGCUCACCGAGUCGGAGGAGAACGACAGUGAGGACGGCCCCGAGGAGGCGUACCGGGUGGAGGCCGGGGAGGACAGCGGCGACAGGCCUCAGGCCGCGCCCGCCGAGGGCGACCAGAGAUGAUGUGGCCUCCGUGGCCUCCGAGGGUCUCCGCUCCCCUCUUCACAGACGUCCUCGGCUUUCUGUGUUUGUCCUUCUGUGUCUGUUUGGCUCCUUGCCGCCGUGACAUUCCUCAGUUGCACAGGACAGGCUGAGACUGGGCUGCGGCUUCUGCUCAGAUGUCGCCUUGGCAGAGACCUGUGGGUCCACGUGGGGCUGGGUGGGAGAGCGGCACACGCGUGUGCACACAAACCUGUGUCUGCACCCACAGACCUCACUCCUUGCACGCACAGACCGGGCGCGAGCACAGACUGUGAAUGAGCUCUCCGGAGGGCUUGGCCACGCUGAGACCACUUCCCACGAGUCGCUUGGCCUUCUGUGACCUGUGGCCUGCUCUUGGCGGGGCAGUGGGGGUACUAUUUUUUUGAAUUUCUAUUUAUUUUUCUGUGUUUGUCCCUGAUUUUUUUUUAAAUUCUAUGGCUUCCUAUCUGGCAGCUUCAUGGGUAAUUUUUGAGGUAUGUAUUUAACAAAAUAAAUCUACACUGCCAAAAAAAAAAAAAA